AUGAGGUCGAUGCGCGCCUCUCCCGCCGGACUCCUGCUGCUCGCCAUUGCCCUCAUCUGUGGUCAGUCCGGCUUCUCUCAUUUCUGCUCAUCAGACUGCUGCUCUCUCAUCGUUGCCUUCUCUCAUCGCCGGUCAGCCCGCUUCUCUCUCAUUGCCUUCUCUCUCAUUGCCUUCUCUCUCAUUGUCUUCUCUCUCAUUGCCUGCUCUCUCAUUGGCUUCUCUCUCAUUGCCUUCUCUCUCAUUGUCUUCUCUCUCAUUGCCUUCUCUCUCAUUGCCUUCUCUCUCAUUGCCUUCUCUCUCAUUGCCUUCUCUCUCAUUGCCUUCUCUCUCAUUGCCUUCUCUCUCAUUGUCUUCUCUCUCAGUGUCUUCUCUCUCAUUGUCUUCUCUCUCAUUGCCUUCUCUCUCAUUGCCUUCUCUCUCAUUGCCUUCUCUCUCAUUGACUUCUCUCUCAUUGCCUUCUCUCUUAUGUCUGCAAUGUCACCCAUCUGCAAUCCCUUCCUCCUCUCAAAACCUUUUAUAGCGAGCAGCAAGGUCAAUGCAAGGAUUGCGCUAGAGACCACCGACAGCACCGGCAGCACGGACAGCACCGGGAGCACCACCAGCAGCAGCACCGCCGGCGGCAGCAUCGUUGACGGCACCCCUAGCCCCACUCCCAGUACCACUGUGGACAGCAGCACUCCCAGUACCACUAUUGAUAGCCCCACUCCCAGUACCACUGUGGACAGCAGCACUCGCAGUACCACUAUUGAUAGCAGCACUCCCAGUACCCGCAGUGGCGGUUCCAAGCCACAGUUUACCACAACCGUGGCUGUGGGCAAGGCUCGGCUUAGCUUCGGCAGCCAGCGCUGCGUGGCCGUGCCGAAAAAGGCGAGAGGGAAGAGCGCACAGGUGUGGUGGAACGGGUCGAGCAGCAAGGCGAAAGGCUUUGCUUGCUCGCAGAUCAAGUUCUUUGGGACGGGUGGCUGCCACGGCAGGGAGGUGGAUAGCAUGGUCAACCCGGGCUCUGCUACUGCCAAGUUCCCAAGCAACAAGAAGACGCUCAGCAAGUGGGCGUCAGUGGCCUCUGUUCUCUGCACCGAUGCUGCCUGUGACGCGCUGGGCUGUCAACCCGGUGGCAAAUGCGUGGUUGAUGAGAAUGGCGAGCGCUUCUGCCAGUGGGACUCGCCCUGUGGCGCCUGCCCCACUGGAGCAACCUGCAAGACCGUGCCUGCGAGUGACAACUGUGGGGUGCAGGUGCCUUACUGCGCGUGCCCUCAAGGCUAUGGGAUAACCGCGACCAAGUGUGUUAAGGGUGGAGCUUCCAACGUCGGUCCUUACAGCUACACAGUCAUCGCAAAUCGAACAGCCAAUGACAACUCUUCUCGACCCCUCACAUUCCGCUUUAACCUGAAUAGCUGCACCCAGAUGCCGGAAGCACUGGCUAGGGUGGGCGCAACAGUGUAUGGUGUUGUGAACACCGAUGAUGCUCCAAUCCUAUGGUUGUCUUGUCUUGCUUGA